GUGGUGGGGGUCUGGCAGCAGGGUGCUUGUUUGACAGCCCAACACAGUUGGCACCACCUCGUCCUGAGAGGGGGUAAUGAAAGAGAGAGAGAGAGAGAGAGGACGGUGAGAAGGAAAAAAGGUAGGAACUCUCUAACUCCUUGACUCCAGACUCUCAACUUUGGAAGAUCUUGGAUGGAAAAGAAGCAAGCCUGGCAUGAGAAUAAGCACCACUAAAUGCAUCUGAUUUCCUGCCCUCUUUCACUUCGUCCUUCGGUUUUUCUCUCUCUCUCUCUCUCCUCCACUUUGGCACGGGCCCUCAUCUGACAGGACAGCACAGAACCUUUUUCUAGCCCCUACCUAAUACCUGCUGUACAGGAGGAAAUCCAACAGGACCUUAUAAUUUCAUCCUCAGCCUCCAAACGUCCAUCAUGACCUUGCUGGCCUCAGAGAGGUCACUGCUCAUCCGGAGCAAAUUCCGCUCAGUUCUGCAGCUGCGAAUACAGAAUCGCAGACAACAGAAGGAGCUGAAUGCUGACCCCGAAGGUGUGAAGGCCUCCUGCUCUGACAAAGUAGGGGAGAAAGAGGCCAAUAACCCUGGGGAUGGCACAACUCUGAAGUCGCCCCCUAGUGCUCUGACUGCUGAAACUGCACAAGACAAGGUUAGCGGUGGUGCUCAGAGACAGAAGAAAGCUCGUCUGGUUGAGAAUGUCACUGAGAAGAUCCAGAGGCGAUGUGGGUCCAUUGAGCAUCUUCAGAAACACACUGUGCCAUUAGAAAACACUUCUGUUUCCUUUUCCCUACCCUCAGAUGUCUUCGAAGAUGACAUCUCCUCAUGUUCCUCUGCAUCUCCCGAGCAACUCGGGACACAUCAAUCCCCCGGCUUUUCCUCAUCACCUGGGCUGAGCAGUGACCAGUCACUGAGUGAUGUGUCACCUGUUGCCAUGUCCAUCAACCACAGCCCAAGCAAUGUUCAGCAGUGUGGUUCAGCUUUGCUCCCAGGAACUGAGGGCAUCACGGAGUCAGCGACCAUGACGGUGGCAGGGUCAAACUCUAUGGCAGUGACUGGGAGACCCAAAGGAUUGUACGCACUCCCUCAGACAUCACUGCUGCCAAAGACAGCUCAGUGCUUAACCCCACCGACUCAUUCCAUUCUUGGAGGGCCCUUAUCCUCGCCACGCCCUCCACGGCCACGGAAACCUCGUGACUGUAAGCCUAAAAUGAGGAAGUUGAAGUACCAUCAAUACAUACCCCCCGACCAAAGGGGCAACAAUGGAGGUGCUUCUGGGAACAAUUCCCAAAAGAACAGCAACACUCAAGCUCAGCCUAUCGAUCCUGCAUACUCCCGCCUCCUACACCAGCAGCAGGUUUUCCUGCAGCUGCAGAUUCUAAACCAGCAACAACAGCUCACUGUGGCAACCAGUGACAAUCAGGUAGUGACGAUUUCUGGAGCUGGACCACAAAGUUGCCUUCAGCCUGUUACCCCACAAACAAACACCACUGUCCUGGAAACAAGCCCCACCCACAAGCUAGAAUUACUUCCCCCAAACCUUGACGAUCUAACGGUGUCAGAACUCCGACAGCAGUUACGCAAACGCGGACUCCCGGUUUCUGGCACCAAACCUGCUCUCUUAGAGAGGCUUCGUCCUUUCCAGAUGCCCCGUCCCCAGCUAACUCCAGCCCCACUUUGCCAGCUGGAAGGGACCUUAGAACCUCCGCCUCCUAAUCUUAGCCCGUCUAAUAGCCCUUCUCAGAUUUACAUCCAGCCAUCAGCAGUAGUGGAAGAAGGCUUGGCUGGUGCAACUUAUUUGACAUCUCCGUCUUCUUCUGCUGGUUCAAGUCCAAACCUGCCUACCCCCUCACCUCCAGUGCCCUCUAGUGCUCUCUGGAGGUCAGAGCAGGCAGCAGAGGAACUGACCGUUGAGCUGGAAAUGAGGGAGAGGAUUCGGAGCAGACCAAGAGGAAAAGCAGUCACACAGACAAGUAGAAGUUCCCUACACCCGUUCCUGCAACAGGAUCCAGGAUGUGCCAGAGGGAAACCAGACACAGAAGGACAAGAAGUGCUGUUUACACAGCAGGUGUUUUCCUGUCAGCCAUGUGAUGCUAUCUCCCAGGAUUUUGAGCUACCGAUGCAAAUCACAGCUAGCCCAGAGCAAGCUCCACCCCACUCUGAACGCAGUCUGGAGGAACUACUGCAGGAGGCUAUUCAAAGAGUACAGAUGGACCCACGGGAGUCCAUAGAUGACAUUUUGGAGGAUCCUGUUAGCUGUUCUGCUAACACCAUCACUUCAGAACUCCAAUCAUCCACGCUUUCAGGCUCCUCUCCUGCCUCAGUACCUGACCAACUGCAACCUACCCAGCCCAACUCAAAAGAUGAAAGUGGCCGCUCCUCUCCACUUUGCUCCUCGCUUCUUUUGGAGCUUCCGCCUUCCCCUGCCCGGGUUGUGCCCCUUGCACCUAACCUCGUUCCUCCUCCUCCUCUUCCUCCCCUCCUCUGCACAACCCCUCCUCUAAGCGCUCCCUCCAGAAAGAGGCGCUUGGAUGCGCCUGCAUUUGACGCUGCUGAUUGGCUGGAAUCCCUGACCUCCGGCCUGCACCCUCUCACGCCUCCCGUGGCACCUUUCGUGGAAAGCGACUUUGCCCUCGAUUCAGACCUGAACAUAAGCAGGGUCCUUGACCUGAUGGUGGAGCAGUGGUGAGGGACGCGAAGGUGGGCAUGUGGUGCGUGCGUGCGUAUGUGCGUAUGUGCGUGUGUGAAUGUGCGCGUGCAUAUGUGUGUAAUUGGAUGCUUGACGGGUAAUUACCCACUGUUCAAAUCUUGUCUCCCUGGAGAGGUCACCCCAUCUCCAUCCUUUUCUUUAAUAUCCAUCCAUCUCUGUCCAGUGAUGUGACCAAACAGAUUCUGACUGGUGUUGACUGCAACUCUCUACUCCACGCAAGGUCGGGAGAGAGAGAGAGAGAGAAAGAGAAAGAGAAACAGAGACCAAGUGAAAGAGAAUGCAAUGAAGACAUUACACACGUGCACAUGCACACAUACACCAUACGCUUGUAAAUAUCAAACAAAAUAAUCCCUGCAGGCUUACAUACUCCCUCGCCGCCAGACGAACCGUCGGCAUGGAGAGGGUGAGUAUCCGCAGGCUCUUUAUACAUGUCGAGUGUCUUCACAGGGAAGGGGAUGCACUCCCUGUGUGUAUGCUUUUCUUCGCUGCUUCUUUGAGUGUUCCUUGGUUCAUACAAACAUGCACAUGUUCUUUAAGUACACCUCCUGCACACUGUAAGGGUGCCCUAAGCACCCGAAUGCACUCGUUUCUAUCUGUGUUCUGCUGUUGUAAAGUGAUUUCCCUAAUUGAACAAAAAAUCUUUCCAUGUUUCUUACUGUCUGCUUCAAAAUAGCUGUAAUUGUUUUAAACACUGGCACGGCAUCAAGACGCUCAGCUCUACAAAAGGUCCCCUAGAGACACUGGGUUAGAAUGGAAAUGUCUUAUAAAAUAUAUCUUCUUGCUCAUAACACCAGGAUGAAAGCCAUUUGGCUCGGCUUGGAACCUUAACCUUCCCACUUUUUUUAAAUCCUAUUAUAAAUAAGGUUGUGAGUUAUGAUCUGAUGCAACGUUAGUGGAAUAACAUAUCGGACAUAUCGAUAAGCUGUUGGUUCCUAGCUGUACAGAGCAAUACCAUUUACUUAAGGAGGACAAACAUCUCCAAAUGUUUUAUCAUCCACAAUAACCUAGAUCUUUCAGCAGCCUUUUGCUUAGUGUAGUGUGACUGUUACACUCCAUAGCAAAGGUUCAGUCUUUCUCCUGAAAGUCAUAUUUGGUCUGGGCAUUUCAAUUCCAUAGCUUUGCUUUUAAACAGCAAAGUGCAACAAUAUAUAAAA